ACCUCUAUUCACUCUGCACUUUAUCUUGUCAUGUUGUCUCUCAAACUUUUAUCUUAAAGCUCGAAUUUUCGUUUUAUGUUUGAUGGAGCUUCUCAAUCCUCCAAUCUCCAAAACCCCACAGCUUUUUUCCAGCUUCUCAUUUAUCACUCGCCGACUUUCCACUAAAACUUCCAACAAAAAGCCAUUGCAUAGAUUCCACAUAUCAAAAUUCCGCGAAAUACCAUCAUUUUCACGCUGUUUACCGUUAUCCGGUACUAAAUUAUUUCAUGUUUCUGCUCAUUUUGGUCGGCCAACGAGCCGCCGCAACUCGCUGAGGAAAAAGCUCCUUCUUGAUCAUCAAAAGGUGCGUCAAAAUCCCAUUCCUUCAAACCCAUCUCCUGAUUUUCAAAACCCAAAUGGCAGUUUUGAAAAUUUUGAGAAUUUGAAAUCUGGUAGCAGCAAACAGAGUGAUGCAGAUAAUGAUGUAGGUGAAUUAAAAUCAAAGCGUUUACGUGAAUCUGUAAUGUUGAGUAAAUUAGAGAAUUGGAUUGACCAGUACAAGAAAGAUGCUGAUUUUUGGGGGAUAGGUUCGGGUCCUAUUUUCACGGUUUUGCAUGAUUUGGAAGGGAAUGUGGAAAGGGUGACUGUUAACGAGGAUGAAAUUUUGAAAAGACUUGAAUUUGAAGACUUGGAGAAAGUGAAUUCUAAAUUUUCUUAUGCAAAGAAUUUAGCUAGAGAGAUGGAAGGGGGUGAAAAUGUGAUUCCAAGGAAUAGUUCGGUAGCAAAGUUUGUUGUUUCUGGUCAGGAGUCUGGUUUGGUGAGUGGAAUUCAUGGGGUUAUUCUUCGUCCUGGGUUUAUGCCCAAACUGUCAAGAGCUGGGAGUUUGUUGUUGUGUGGUUUUCUUGUACUUUCGGUGGUGAAGAAGUUGUUUGUUCUUGGAAACAAGGAGGUGGCAUAUACAGAAUUGGAGAAGGAAAUGAUGAGGAGAAAGAUAAAAUCUAGGAAGGAGAGAGAGAUGUUGGAGAAGGGUAGUGUUGAAGUUGUUCAAGCAUCUGAAGAACCACCUAAUAUGUCCUUUGAAAGACCAAAGCUGGAUAGGCAAGAACUUCUGAAUAAUAUAUUAAAAGCAAAGGCUGCAAAAGAUAAAUUGGCAUUGCUUGAUUCUUCUGGCUCUCAGAGUAGCAAAUUUGUGGAGUUUGAUCGUGAAGUCCAGGAAAUUAAAGUGAGGGCCAAGGAAGCCCUGGAGACUGACAGUAGAGAGCAAUCUGUGGUUGGUAAGGAUGAAAAACAAGUCCAGGCUGCAAACAAGGAAUUUUCUAAUGAGAUGCAGGCAAUCAAAGAGGAUGGACAAGAUGGUGUGAGUUUUCUAAGUAACCUUUCUCCUGAAGAUUCAGAACAAGGCAAAGUUAGCUACGGAACUGUGGAGGCAACAUCUCCUUGUGAAACAAAAAGUGAUGGUGUUAAAAUUCUCAAUGGAGUAGCUUCUUUAGAUAGUAGAGUUAGGGAAGACUCUGAUGCUUCAAGUGUGCAGUUAUCAAAAGACAAGCAAAACACUAAAGAGGAUUUAGAAGAUAUCGAGAGUACUAUAUCCUUAUUAGUUGAAGGAGAAGAUAUCCAAUCCCCUGUUAUUUCUGAUAACAAAUCAUAUAUUGCAAAGAGCACUUAUUUCGGAAAGAAACCAAGAAUCAUACUGUCAGUGAAAGAAGCUAGGGAGUUCCUUUCCAAAAAUUCCAAAAAAGAAGAGCUUAACCAAGAGCCCAUAAUGAAAGCUGUGCAAGAAAGUGCUCCUGAUUUAUUGCUACGAAAGGAUAAAAAAUCAGGUAGAAGUACAGAGCAGAGACUACAUGUGAAUGACAAACUGUUUCCACAUGCCAUUUCCAGUGGAGAGUCAGAGUUUACACCUUCUGAAAAUGCUUGUCAAAAUUCUAUUUGGGAGGAUAAAGAGUCUGUCCUUAGUGAGGAAACUGAUGAAGAAAAUUCUGAUGAAAAAUGCGGAGAAGAAGUUCAUCAACAAACUCCAUUUUCUGCUCAAGAAAGCACUGUUUUAAGUGCAGAACAAGGACAAUCAUUAAAGACAGAAAACUGGAUAGAGAAUAAUUUUCAUGAGGUUGAACCUGUACUUAAGAAAAUUGGAGAUGGAUUUAGAGAAAAUUACAUGGUUGCUAAGGAAAAAGUUGAUGAACAAUUAAAUAUGCAUACAGAGAUUACACAACUUGGCUCUAAUGAAGAUGAAAGUGAACUUGAGUGGAUGAAAGAUGAUAGACUUAGAGAAAUUGUUUUUCAGGUUCGAGAAAAUGAGUUGGCAGACCGAGAUCCCUUUCAUUUGAUGGAUGCUGAAGAGAAACUUGCAUUCUUCCAAGGUCUGGAGAAGAAAGUUGAGAAAGAAAAUAAAAAACUCUCUCGCGUGCAUGAGUGGCUCCAUUCGAAUAUUGAAAAUCUUGAUUAUGGAGCAGAUGGUAUCAGCCUCUAUGAUCCACCAGAAAAAAUUGUACCACGCUGGAAGGGUCCCUCAUUAGAGAAAAGUCCUGAGUUACUCAACAACUUCCAAGAACAGCGGAAAGCACUUUUUACUGGAAAAGCUGGUAUAGCAUAUCCUGCAAAAAAAGAUGGACAAGGUUUCAUUCAGAGAUUCGUAGAACCCCCCAUCAAUGAAAAGUUAGCUAUUUCUUCAUCAGAGUCAGAUUUGAAGAGGAAACUUCAAGAUGGUGAUCCAAAAGAUUCCAAAAUAGUUGUAGAAGGCAGUGAUGGUUCCGUCAAACCUGGUAAAAAAUCAGGGAAGGAAUAUUGGCAGCACACCAAGAAAUGGUCCCAUGGUUUUUUGGAAUCCUAUAAUGCUGAGACCAACCCGGAAGUUAAAUCCAUUAUGAAGGAUAUGGGGAAGGAUUUGGACCGAUGGAUCACUGAAAAAGAGAUACAGGAAGCGGCAGAUCUGAUGACAAAACUUCCUGAGAGAAACAAGAAAUUCAUGGAAAAGAAACUCAACAAGCUUAAAAGAGAAAUGGAAUUAUUUGGACCACAAGCUGUUGUGAGCAAGUACCGAGAGUAUGCAGAGGAGAAGGAAGAAGAUUAUUUAUGGUGGUUAGAUCUUCCACAUGUUCUGUGUGUUGAAUUAUACACAUUUGACAAUGAGGAGCAAAGGAUAGGAUUUUAUGCACUGGAGAUGGCAGCAGAUCUUGAAUUAGAACCAAAACCACACCAUGUGAUUGCUUUUGAAGAUACUGGUGAUUGCAAAAAUUUUUGUUACAUCAUUCAGGCUCACAUGGAUAUGCUAGGAAAUGGCCGGGCCUUCAUUGUUCCACAGCCACCUAAGGACGCAUUUCGGGAAGCCAAAGCAAAUGGUUUUGGUGUAACUGUCAUCAGGAAAGGGGAGCUACAGCUCAAUGUGGAUCAAACUUUGGAAGAGGUGGAAGAACAGAUAUGCGAGAUUGGGAGCAAGAUCUACCAUGAUAAGAUCAUGCGUGAACGCUCCGUGGAUAUAAGCUCAUUGAUGAAGGGUGUGCUUGGUGUUAGUGGUAAACCCACAAGGAGAAUAACUAGCAUUUCAAUGUCUUCUUUUUCUUUUCAGAAGAAGGUCAAAGAAGAAGCUCAAAAGGCCUACGCAGAAAUGAAAUACUCAGUUCAUACACCUGAGAGAGACCUGAGGAGUGACAUCGAAAUUGAACACUUGAGAAGUUCAGGUUCAUUGAGGUUUGAGGAUUCCUUUGAAUUCGUUUUCUUGGUAUCUCAUGUGUCACUCAAACAUCGCAGCUGUCUGCAAAUUCCAACUGCCUGCAAAUUUGUGCAAUUGGUGAUGAUACAAAAAACAAGGAUGCUGGACUCUUGUCUCUGAAAUUUUUUGAACGUCCAAUUAUGAUUGCCACGUUCUCCAGAAAUGAUUGCCACUGAAGCAGUGACAGUGUCAGUCUGUUGCGUUCAAGACCUAUCCAGUUAGAGGCACUGACAUCUUUGGUUCGAUCAUGCAAUUCCGGCUGCAUCCUUUACAUGCUUUUCCCUGAAAACUAAGCAGACGGUAGGUAUCUGAAACCUAUGUGGUAACUGUAAAGCCAUCCUCUUUGAAUGUUUGUGUAAUUGGUCAGUGAUGACCAUCUGAUUACCUUGAUAUAUAGUGUAAAAUUCAGGAGCAUGCUGCUUGUAAAUAUAGGGGCUGAACAGCGCACCUUCGCAUCUUUUCAAUGCCACUUGUAAUCCAA